AUGGGUAAAACUCAGAAAAAGAAUAGUAAAGGUCGUUUAGAUAGAUACUAUUAUUUAGCUAAAGAGAAAGGUUAUAGAGCUAGAUCUUCAUUUAAAAUCGUUCAAAUUAAUGAAAAAUUUGGUCAUUUUUUAGAAAAAUCAAAAGUUGUUAUUGAUUUAUGUGCUGCCCCUGGUUCUUGGUGUCAAGUAGCUUCACAAUUAUGUCCUAUAAAUUCAUUAAUAAUAGGUGUUGAUAUAGUACCGAUAAAACCAUUACCUAAUGUUAUAACUUUUCAAAGUGACAUUACAACUGAAGAUUGUCGAUCAAGAUUAAGAGGUCAUAUGAAAACUUGGAAAGCUGAUACUGUUUUACAUGAUGGUGCUCCAAAUGUUGGUUUAGGUUGGGUUCAAGAUGCUUUCACACAAUCACAAUUAACUUUACAAGCUUUGAAAUUAGCUGUUGAAAAUUUAAAUGUUGGUGGUACAUUUGUUACAAAAAUUUUUAGAUCUCGAGAUUAUAAUAAUUUAAUUUGGGUUUUCCAACAAUUAUUUGAAAAAGUAGAGGCUACAAAACCACCAGCUUCAAGAAAUGUAUCUGCAGAAAUUUUUGUUGUAUGUAAAGGUUUCAAAAAUCCAAAAAAAUUAGAUCCAAGAUUAUUGGAUCCAAAAGAAGUUUUUGAAGAGCUCAAUAAUGAAAAAGUUAAUAAUGAAGCAAAGAUUUUCAAUCCAGAAAAGAAAACAAGACAAAGACAAGGUUAUGAAGAAGGUGAUUAUUUAUUAUUUCAUACUAUGCCAAUUAUGGAUUUUAUAAAAGAUGAAGAUCCAAUAAAUCAAUUAGGUUCAUUAAAUAAACUUGAAAUACCUUCAAGUGAAGAUCAUGAAUGGAAAAUACUAAAGAAAUUAAAAUGUUUUACUCCAGAAUUAAUGGAAUGUUUUAAAGAUUUGAAAGUUCUAGGUAGGAAAGAAUUUAAAUUAAUUUUAAGAUUUAGAAAACAAGCAAGAGAUAUACUUGGAAUAGAUAAAGAAGAAGAAAAACCUGAAAUUGAAAUAACUCCAUUAACUGAAGAAGAAAAGAUUGAUAAAGAAUUACAAGAAAUGUUGGAAAAGCAAAAACAAAAGGCAAAAAGAGCUAAGAAAACAUCUAAUGAAUUAAAACAAAAAGAGAUCGUAAGAAAUCAAAUGAAUAUGUUAACUGAUAUGAAUGUUGGUAUCGAUGCUGCUCAAAUUGGCGCUGAUUCAUUAUUUAAUAUAAAAAUAGCUGAAAAAACUGGUCAAUUGGAAAAAUUAGCAAAGGGUAAAAAACAAAUGAUUUUUGAUGAUGAAGAAGUUGCAAAAGAUAAUGAAAUACAAUAUGAAGAGAUAAAAUCAGAAGAUGAACAAGAUGAAUUAGAAGCUCAAUUAGAUGAUAUGUACUCUCAAUAUCAAGAAAGAAAAGCAGAAAGAGAUUCAAAUUGUAAAAAUAAACAAGCAAGAGACGGUGAAGAACCAUGGGAAGGUAUAGAUGAUGAAGAAGAGGAAGAGGAAGAGGAAAAAGAUUACGAGAUGGAAUCAGAAUCAGAUUCCGAUGAUGAUGAACAUAUAAAUCAAAUUAUAGAAAUGAGAAAGAAACAAGAAUUAUCUAAAAAUGCAAAAAGUUUUUUCAAUUCAAAUAUUAUAUUUAAUGAAUUGGGUGAUGAUGUUUUAUUAGAGGAAAGUAUGCCUAAAGAAAAAUCACAACCAAAACAAAUUGAAUCAUCAUCAGAUUCAGAAUCUGAAUCAGAUUUUGAAUUAGUUGCAAAUGAAGAGGAUUCAAUAUCAGAUUCAGAAGAUGAAGAUUCAAAGCCUAAAUUACAACAAGAAAAAAUAGAUCUUGCUACUGUUGAAGCAAUGACAUUAGCUCAUCAAGUUGCCUUAGGACAAAAGAAUAAAUAUGAUUUAAUUGAUGAAGGUAUAAAUAGAUAUUCAUUUAGAGAUAAAGAUGUACCUGAUUGGUUUCUUGAUGAUGAAAAGAAACAUUCUAAAAUAGUUAAACCAAUUACAAAAGAAGCAGCAUUGGCAAUUAAAGAAAAACAAAAACAAUUAAAUUCAAGACCAAUAAAGAAAGUUUUAGAAGCACAAGGUAGAAAGAAAAUGAGAGCACUUAAAAGAUUAGAAAAAUUAAAGAAGAAAUCAGAUCUUAUUAAUGAAGAUUCUGGUAAAUCAGAAAGAGAUAAAGCUGAAGAAAUAUCAAAAUUAAUGAAGAAAUUAACUAAAAAACAAAAAAUGAAACCAAAAGUUUCCGUUGUUGUUGCAAGAGGAUCAAAUAGAGGAUUAUCAGGUAGACCAAAAGGUGUUAAAGGUAAGUAUAAAAUGGUUGAUGGUGUAUUAAAGAAUGAACAAAGAGCAUUAAAACGAAUUGCAAAGAAACAUAAAAAAUAG